AUGGAAUUACUUCUUUCAAAUUACUUAACCAUCAUACUUCUAAUACCUCUAACAAUUGAGGCAUCCUAUGAACAUCAACCACAAAUCCUUAACAAAAAUGGUGGACUAAUAUUACAGGCUGCUCAGGAUCAAAAUAUCAGUCUACGGCUGAGCCAAGGCUCAUCGUUACUAUUCAAUAAUAUUGAUAUUACGGAAAAGAUAAGACAACGUUACGUCUCCUCCAAUCCAUCGGAUGGAGAUGCAACCAAAGAAAUGACAUCCCUAAGCAUUCAAUCAGUGACGAAUGAGAUACACAAACUUCAGGAUGACAUAUUCGGAUUAUUUCAACGAUUUUCCAAUUUACAAAAUAAUUCACGAUCACCAUUGCAAUUGCGUGGAAUGCGACAAUAUCUUCGACGUUUACAUGCUCUCAUGUUACGGCUGUCGGUAUUGGAGGAGAAUAUCGGUAAAAAUGAAUGCACUGAAUCGAAUGAUCCUUGCAGGAAUGGUGGUACAUGUUAUGAUUUAUAUAAGGGUUACCAUUGUGAAUGUCCUGAUGGAUGGAAGGGUAAAACAUGCGAAGAAGAUGUCGAUGAAUGUUAUCUUUUGGCUGGCACAGAUUUGGGUUGUCAAAAUAAUGCCAUAUGCACCAAUACGCCUGGCAGUUAUAGGUGCCAAUGUACCAAAGGAUUCUCUGGUACCCAUUGUCGUUUACAUAACACCCAAUGUCAACAAUAUCAAUCCGAAGAGUUGUGUGGCCAUGGAUCGUGCGUUCCGGCAAACAAUCCACAAGGAUACAACUGCAUAUGCGACCAGGGUUGGACUAAAAAUACAACACUCGGGAUAAAUGCCACAGCCGCCUUAGUCUGUGAUGUGGAUGUCGAUGAAUGUGAAGAAUCGAAAAAUCCCUGCCACGCUGAAUGUAUCAAUUUACCGGGUAGCUUUAAGUGUGGACCAUGUCCUGCAGGAUACACUGGUAAUGGGAUGAACUGUUAUGAUAUUGAUGAAUGUGCCACCAAUAAUGGGGGAUGUAGCUCAAUGCCACUCGUCCGUUGCAUUAACACUGAGGGUUCCUAUCUAUGUGGAAAAUGUCCUCCUGGCUGGAUUGGUGAUGGUCAUACCUGUGAGUUGGCACCCACCAACUCCUGUGAUGCCGAAAAGAUAUGCCAUCCCCAGGCAAAAUGCGAAUUUAUCUCUAACAUUGCCACCUGUACUUGUGCACAUGGUAUGUUCGGCCAUGGAUUUGGACCGGAAGGCUGCCACACGAAUCCCAUAACCGACUCGUGUGAAAAUCAUAUUUGCCAGAACAAUGGCAGUUGCAUUGCGGUGGGUCGCAGCACCAGAUGUUUGUGUCCAUUAGGAUAUUCGGGAGCCUUGUGUGAAACAAAAGACGUCUGUCAUCCGAAUCCUUGUGAAAAUGAAGGCACGUGUAAACCCCUUGCCGAUGACUCCUAUAAAUGUUCGUGUCCUCGCGGCACUACCGGUAAACGUUGUGAAGUUUUACGCAGUGUCUGUUCAUCGAUACAACGGAAACCUUUCGGAGAACUCAGUUAUCCAACGGAGGGUGCUACAGAAUAUGCUCCCCAGGAAAGAUGUGCCUGGAUUAUACGGACUCUACCCGGUCAAAUACUGCGUUUAAAUUUUGUCAAAUUCGACUUAGAAGCAGAUCCGGAAUGCAGUCGUGAUUGGUUACAAAUACACGAUGGCAAUUCAUUGGCCGCCCAGCUAAUUGGAAGAUUUUGUGGCAAUGAGUUACCAUUGGGUGGCACCAUCUACUCAUCACAGCAUGUCCUCUUCUUUUGGUUUCGUUCGGAUAAUGCCACACAGAAAUCAGGGUUUCACAUGAAUUGGACAUCUCAGGCGCAUAUUUGUGGUGAUACUCUGGAAUUGUCAGCUGGGGAUGAGGGUAUCAUACGUUCUCCGGGCUAUCCUGGCAAGACAACGGCUCAUAGGGAUUGCCAGUGGGAACGGACAGCACCGUUUGGUUAUCGAUUUGUUUUAAGAAUAUAUGAAAUACAAAUGGGAUCUUCGCCUAAUUGUACGGGGGAUUCUUUUAAGAUCUAUGAUGCAGAUAUAUUGGCAAAAGAAUUUUGUACGUCCACCAGUCCCGAACCUUUUCGAACGUCUUCAAAUAAACUCAAACUACACCUCCACACGGAUGCCAACGGUUCGGAUAGUUCUUUUCAACUUCACUAUGAAGUUGAAUCAGCCAUACCACAUUGCGGUGGAGUAUUCACGGAAGCAACGGGUCUUAUCGUGGGUCCCGCGGAACCCUCCGUUUGUUUGUACUCAAUUAAGCAACCACCAAAUGUACAAAUAAGAUUAACAUUCAUGGAGAUGAAUCUAAACGAUAAUGUAAUAAUUAAUAAUUGUAAUCUGCAUAGUAUUGAGGUGUUUGAUGGAAAAACAGAUGAAGAUUCACGACUUCUUAUCACAUGUGGUGGCAACCAAAUACCCGAUACCAUUGUGAGCUCCACAAAUUACCUUCUAAUUAGAUAUGUAAAUCAAUUACCAUCAAAAGGACACACAAGUCCUUUCAAAAUCAAAUACACACGAGAUUGUGAUUUUCGAUUUCUUGGUCCUGAGAAUGGCAUAAUAACCACACCAAAUUAUCCAAAUCCAUAUACGGAACAUCUUACCUGCACUUAUCACAUCUAUGGGCCGGCUGGAACAAGGGUCCUUGCAAAUUUCACGGAUAUUUCGUUACCCGUAACCCCUGAAAUUGACAAUCUCUCAAAGAAUGUAUCCGAUGAUGCUGUUGCUAAUGAUACCCUUACAUAUUUUGAGGUCCAUCUCUCCAAUACACAAAAACAACGUUUCUAUAAAGCGGCACCCAUGGAAUUGUAUUCGGAACAAAAUAAAAUGACCAUUGUAUUUCAUGCCACCCGCAACGCCGCAAAGACUCGAGGCAUUCGCAUUGAAUAUUCAUUUGAAGAGAAUCACUGUGGGGGCGUUUAUACUGAAAAGACUGGCAUAUUUUCAAAGGGCAUCCUACCACCCGAGACUUGUAAAUUUAUUUUUGAAGCACCAGAAGGAACACACAUACGCAUAUCCUUUACACCCCUGACCUAUGAACAAUCAAAAAGUUCAAUCAAAAUUUAUGGCCAUGUGCAGGGAGGACAGAAAUUCCUAUUAAGAAAUAUAAAACCAACUUUCGACAAAAUCGAAGAUACAUACAAUUUCAAUCAGAUAACGAUUUUGGCGGAAACCCAUUCACGUUGGAUAAAUGGACACUACGAGUUUGUUAAUAAUUCGGAUGUUUGUGGUGGCAAUUAUCAGGCAUUAUAUGGUGUAAUCGAUUCCCCCAAUUGGCCCCGCAUGUAUACAUCGAAUUUAGAUUGCGUAUGGACAAUUACAGCACCACUGUCACAUAAAAUUGAAUUGAGAGUACAAAAUUUUACACUGGAACCGGACUGCACAGGAGAUUCACUGGAAAUUCGAAAUGGUAAACUGCCAACAUCCCCUUUAAUUGGUCGUUAUUGCGGUCAAGACAUUCCCUCCCGAAUACCCUCGUUCGGCAAUAGUUUAUAUUUACGUUUUAUCACCGACAAUUCCGUUUCGGGUCCCGGUUUCCACAUCAGUUGGGAACAACUAGAGACAGGAUGCGGUGGCAAAUUGACGGCCUACAAAGGUUCCAUUCAUGCACCACAAAUGUUCACCAUACAAGGACUUGGCUCUACCUGCGAUUGGUUGAUUAAUGUGGCGGAGGGUUCUUCGAUUUCCCUGAAUAUAACCACGAUUGUAGAUGUUCAGACUUUUUGUCGUCGUAAUAAUUUACGUAUUUACGAUGGUGCCACAACAUUCAAGCCGUUAUUGAAACCAAAUUGUUCGGAUGUCAUGAAGGAUGGUCGGGUAACACUCACAUCGAGCGGUAACCAAAUGCUAAUUGUUUAUACGGUUACGGCCGUAAGUGGUGAUGAUCUGCCGGAUUUCAUAAUAGACUAUGUGACCAAUUGCCAGAUGGCUUUGGACCAUAUACAGGGUAUUAUUGAAUCACCCAAUUUUCCGGAUCCUUAUCCGGAGCUGUUGAAUUGCCGUUGGGACAUUAAAGCUGGCACAAAUAAUAAACUCCAAUUGGCAUUUUCCCAUUUCAGUGUGGAGGCCUCCAUCAUGGAGUGUGAAUAUGAUUAUGUCGAAGUGUGGGAUAUGAAGGAUGAGGACAUACUGAAAAAACAUCAUCUCUGCACCCGUCCCAAUGAAAUAAUUACCUCCGAAGGAAAUCAUUUGCGGAUGAUAUUUGUCAGCGAUUAUUCGAAUAGUAAAAUGGGUUUCCGGGCAGAAUACUCCCGAAUCGGUUGUGGUGAGAUUUUGACUAAUGAUUUCGGCACAAUAAAAUCACCCAAUUAUCCCUAUAGUGGCGGCAUGGACUGUGAGUGGUAUAUUGAGGUAGCACCUGGUAAGCAAAUCGUAUUUACCAUCUAUGAGUAUCUAAGGGGAGAGGAGAACAAAGAUUGUUCUGCAGAUUCUGUUACCAUUAGUGAAACUAAAAAGUCAGCCAAUGGUCUCAUAUACUAUUGUAGUAGUCAAACCAAUAUAGCCAAUACCUAUUCGCCAACGAAUCGUCUGUACAUCCAUUACUUGUCGUCUGCAUCAAGAGGUCGUAAAUAUUUUCAUGCCAUGUAUCAUACACGGGAAGCUACCUGUGGCGGUGUUAUUCGUGGUUCCUAUGGCAGUUUAUAUUCUCCAAACUACCCCCAAAAUAUUACCGAGGAAAUCAACUGUAAAUGGGAGCUCAGCAUACCAGACACCCUAUCGAUAAUUCUGAAAUUUAAGGAUGUAGCCUUUAACGAGUCGUCGAAAUGUGAAAAUAGUUUUCUACGUAUUUCCGAUAUUUCAGGAAAAAAUGCCACCAAGACGGUGACAAUGUGUAGUGUAGAUUCACAACAGACUAGUUUUAAAUCCACCCGUUUAGCUAUUGAAUUCAAAACACAACAAUCUUCAAUUGGUAGUCGAUUUUUUCUGCAAUAUCAAAAGUCCUGUGGUGGAGUAAUAGAAUCGGAAUCUGGUACACUUGUGGCCCAAUCUAAUGAAAAAUGUCUGUGGCUAAUUAAUCUACCGCAAGGAAACACAAUUAGUAUCAACAUUUUAGAGUUGGAUUGUUUUUGCAUCCGCCAUCAGAAUGGAACCAAAGAUUGCAAUGUAAAUGGUAUAAUGAUUGGAAUAUCUAGAGAAAAGAUUUGCGAACAUUUCCAUUCAAAUAUGGUGUUUCAAAGAACAUCAUUAUUAAUUGCCACCGAACAUGUAAAUCUUCGUGCCACAUUCUCAAGUAUUCAAAAUUCAUGUGGAGGAACUAUAAAGGCAACAAGUGGAACUUUAACUUCACCCAACUUCCCAGCAACGUAUCCGGCCAAUAUUGAAUGCAUUUGGACAAUAACAGCCGAAUUCAGCAAUACCUUGCAAAUCGAAUUUGAAGAUUUCGAUAUGCCGCAAAGUGAACAUUGCAAUGAAGAUUUCUUGGAGAUACGACCGUGGCUGGGAUCGAAUACCUUGGCUAUAUAUUGUGGCAGUGUUCGUCCUCAAGGAAUUCUGAAAUCGAUUGAUUCAAUUUGGUUGAAAUUUCGCACUUCUGAAGGUAGCAGUGGACGUGGUUUUAAAUUGAAAUGGAGUUAUGCCCAUUUAACUGAGAUUGUUAAUCAAACCCGAGGUCAAAUUCAAUCACCACCCUUGUCAUUACUGCACUAUGAAGAUGAACCAUUUGCCUGGCGUAUCUUGGUUCCAAGGCAACAGUAUGUGGCGUUGAAUUUCAAAAAUUAUCGUGAUGGACUAAAGCUUUACGACGGUUAUGACAAUACCGCCCUUCCCAUUGAAAUUUCCGAUUCACCAUGGCGUUUUGUGUCCACUUCGAAUGUCAUUUAUUUUGAAACCGACACCGAAAACCCCAACUACUUCCAGUUAUCGUGGAAAAUUAGCAAUGCCUCAGUGAUAGACACAAAUGUGACCACAUCGAAAUGUCACCUGGAGAGAAGCAUAAAACCGCAUGCCAGCGUUAUGAUCUCUUCGCCCAACUAUCCGUCAGGAUAUGAAAGUAAUCUGGCCUGCGAUUGGAUACUUAAACCGUUCUCAAGUGUCCAGCAUGUGGUCUGUGAGAUAUACGAAGUAAAACUGGAAGUCAUGGAUAAGUGUAGGGCAGAUUAUUUAAAGAUAUCCUCAUCGAGUGAUUUGCUGAAAUGGUACGAAGUGGCCAAACUUUGUGAUACUCCCGAAAAGACAUACACACCCUAUGCAAUUUACCAUGGAACACCAAAUUUAAAAUUGGAUUUUGUGACAGAUAAUUCGGUUAGUGCCAAGGGAUUUACUGCUCGUCUUAUAACCAGAUGUGGUUCAAAUUUAACCGAACCUGUGGGCUUCAUUGAGGGAGAUAAGUUACUGUACGAAACCAAUUGUCUCUGGCACAUAACUGUUCGACCGGGCAAACGUAUUCUGCUACAAUUCGAUUUUGCUCCAUCAAUGCAAAAAUAUCCCUUUGAUUGUCCUGACUAUGCCCUGAUUUAUGAUGGUUUCGACGAACAUGCCCCACUCCUGCCACCCGGUAAAAUUUGCAAUCCCCAAAAUGUGACACAGAUCCAAAUGAAUUCCACUAGUAAUUAUGUAACUAUCCAAUAUAAUUUAAGUCUUCCCAGGGCUCUAUUGCCGCGACGUUGGAACCUCACCUAUCGGGAAUACUCUACAUGCAACGAAGAAUAUCGUUUGAUUCCCCAAGCCGCGAGCAUUAAUCUGACAUCGCCGAAUUACCCCAAUGUUCCGCAGCCACAUACCGAAUGUGAGUGGAGAAUAUUGGCACCACGUGGAGAAUUGAUUGACAUUGAAUUCUUAGGCGAUUUCCACAUGAACACGAAAUUCUGUGACAAAGAGUAUGUGGAGUUGUUUGAUGGUGCAACCGCAUUGGCAAAGAGUUUGGGAAAAUAUUGUCGCAAGCCAAUGCCACUGAAGACCACACAGAACAUUUUAUACAUACACUAUGUGACCGAUGUCAGUGAACCCAGGGCGGGAUUUAAAGUCCACCUAUCCAUUGGUAAAUGUGGUGGAACAUAUACAGCUACAUCGGAUUUAAUAACCUCAACCGGUUAUCCACAUCCCGGUGGCUAUGCCGCUAACACUCAAUGUGACUAUGUAAUUAAUCAGCCAUCGGAUACCCGGAUUCGUCUAAUAGUUCAGGACAUACACUUACCCUUUAAUCGAUUUCGACCUCAAACAAAAGAUCAUUUGGAAAUUAUACCCAUAAUACCAACAGAAUCUACUGAUAUGGCGUCUUCGAUCUAUGUCUUCGGUAAUACCACCAAGGGUACACAAAUCGAUUUGAGUAUGAACAAGGCCAUUGUCAGAUUUCAUACAUUUGCCAAAAGCCCAGAAUAUCGUGGUUUCCAAAUCAAAUACAAUCGUUUCGGUGGUCAGUGUCAUCAAGAAUUUGAAGGUCAAUCAGGUCCAAUAACACUGAGUUUUCCUCGUCGUGUAUAUUACUCUACGUACUGCCGUUGGAAAAUAACCGUACCGAAGGGAUUACGUGUGCGUUUGCAAUUUCUAAAUUUACCCGAUGUUAACAUGGCAAAUGAGAACAAAUCCAUAACAUUUUCCUUCUACAAUGACCAUGAAUCACAAUCGAAAAUUUCAACACUCGGUAUUAAUAGCAUUGAUUCGAAUACAGCAAUUCUAUCCACGGAUAAUAUGAUGUCGGUCAGUGUCUAUAUGCCUAUAAUGACACAAUCGUACACCAGCCUUAAGGCCCAAUACUCAUCGGAUCAAAUAUCUUUUUGCCCGGGAAAUAUUGAUGAAACCCAACUGGAGGGCCAUGUUGAUAUAACCAAUGUGGAGCCACACUUCAAAGAACCCUAUUAUUGUAGAUCGAAAAUUACACUGAAUCCGCCUGAGACAUUAGUGUUCAAUAUAACUCAGUAUGAGAUAAAACUCGACAAUGAUCUGCCGCGUGCAGUAUAUCCCCUGACGUUUCGUGAUAAUUUACUGAUAACAACUUUGGGAGAAAAUUUGACCAAGGCUCUGUAUCCGCAAUCUCAGCCGGUUGGCUAUUGGCAAAUUCUACAAACCGAUCGCGACAAAAUACACAGGCUAAGCAUGUCAUAUCGCCGCCACGCUUGCGGCGGCAACUUUAUAGUACGAAAUGAUCUGAGCAUAAAGGAACCGGAGAUACGCGAUCCCCACUAUGGUGCCAUAAUGUGUAUGUGGAGUUUAAGCCGACCGUAUUAUUAUGGACGCAUGGGUUCCGAAUAUCGCUUGGUGGGAAAUUUCACAUUUCGAGAUUCGUGUGAACGUGAAUUUAUAAUGAUUAAGGAACAACGGUGGAAGAAUGACCCGGUGAUGAAGAUAUGUCGUGACAGCGAUGAAAAGUCUUUAGAUUUCCUUUUAAAAAAUUCACGAACUUUUGUGGUUUACCAAGCAGAGGAUUAUAGCUUCCCCACAACUCAAUUCUACUUUGAAACAAAGAAAUCAAUUAUAUGCGGAUCUCAAACGAUGAUUACACAGGCGACAAGCAUGGUCGAAGUGGAUCGUCAGACCUAUCGCAAUAAUGAGGAAUGCUAUUGGACCUUUUUCACCCGCCAGGGCUUAUAUUUACAGGUGACCUUCUAUGGCCGUUUCUUUGUAGAGUAUUCGGAAAACUGCACCAGAGAUUAUUUGGAGAUACAACGUGAACAGGAUGAUCUGUGGAUACCAGAUGUGCGCUACUGUGGGCGGGAACUUCCAACGAUAUACAAUGCAACAACCUCCAAAGUUAAAGUCGUAUUCCGGACAAAUGAAAAUGUAACCGGAGAUGGCUUUUCAUUUUUUGUCCGCAGCCAUUGUUCGUUGGUGGUAAAUGUCACCAGUUCCGAGGUCCAGCGUAUUAACAGUCCACAAUUCCAGAGUUAUCGCUAUCAAAGAAGGCAAUGUGAAUACAUCUUUCAAGCCAUGGAUAGCGAUAGAUUGAUCAGUGUCCGAACAAUAACUUCAUCGCCCAUCUCCAUCUAUGAUCGUAGUCUUGGCAUUAGGAGGAAUGCGAAUGCCGGUGUUUGCUUCAGUGCCUAUAAACAUGAUGCUAACGGGAAGGAGUUGCCUGCAACCGAACAUUGUGCAUCGGAAUUUGAAGAACGGGCCUAUAAGUAUUUACGUCUUACGACGAACGACAUUGGCGAAUAUACCAUUGAGUAUAGUUUCGAUACGUGUGGUGGCAACAUAACCGCCAGCCACCAAAUCAUACGUUCCUUGAGACAUGAAAACCCCAACAGCUAUGCGGAUAAUAUGAACUGUGUUUGGUACGUUACAGCUCCGCCGGAUCACUCGAUUGUGUUGCGUUUUAAAUAUUUUGAGACAGAAGAAAGCUACGAUCAUCUAAGCGUUUAUUCGGGUCGGACUAUAUUACGUGAAAAGCGAGUGUCCAUGCUGACAGGAAAUCUAACGGCCACCUUGCCCACUAUAAUUGUGGACCAUAAUCAAGCUGUCAUCAAUGCCCUUUCAGAUGCUUCGAACUCCGGCAAGGGUUUUGAGGCGUUAAUAGUUUUUAUACCGAACUGCAACGAACGUUUUACACUUACCGAUGGCAAUUCACCCGUGAAUCUGGCACGCAAUUAUGAGGCGACAGCUAAUGGUGAAGAAUAUAUGUGUCAAUAUCGCAUUAGCGCUCCCCGAGGCUAUCGCAUACGUAUCGAUAUUAAAAAGUUGGAAAUAAACGAUGAGAGCUUUAAUUGUUCAACUGCCGAUACGGGGCAAUGUAGUUUGAAUAGUUCUGUAAAUUGUAACUUUGUGGAAAUAUUCGAUAGUAGUGAAGCAUCAAUGGGUAAAUUUUGUAAUGCCAACAGGACCAGAAUGGCCUCCAUGAAUACCACAUUGUUUAGUUCAUAUAAUGAGGCGUUGUUGAAAUUUGUUGGGACACAAACGCGAAAAUAUAGUUUUGAAAUAAUCUUAACAAUGGAAAAGAGUCAGUGUGGUGAUCCGGUGGAUGAAUACACAUUGGGAGAAUAUGAGCAAUACACCUUAACAUUUCCACCUAAUGGCGAAUCAACCUAUAGCCCCAAUACGCAUUGUACAUGGUUAUUUAAGCUGAAUAAUCCCAUGUUAAUUCGUUUCAAUUAUAUUGAUUUACAAAAUGUAUCGCAAGUUUCUGGUAAAUGUUUGGACUAUAUACAAAUCAAAGGCGAUUAUAGUACAUUUCAAAUAUGCGGAUACAAUCCAAAAUAUGCAAUAAUGUCAUCAAGUAUUACCAACAAAAAAUUGGAAAUAACUUUUCACAGUGAUGCCACAAAUGAAGCCAAAGGCUUUCAGUUUAUAACCGAUACCAAUAAGGUAUGCAAUCGAACAUAUACCGAUCUAAGUUACAACUUAGAAUUUUCCGGUCAAGAAAUGGCUAACGAGACAUGCAAAACUUUGAUUACUGUUUCCGAUGAAUAUAAUCUCAAUCUGUAUAUAAAUACAUUGCAUUUCACCUAUUCCGAUUGCAGCAAAUCGUAUUUUAAGAUAAUUGAUCAGAAAACAAACACCACCAUUUACAAUCGUUGUGCCAACAUUUAUCUACCUGUACCGAUUUUUAGCGCCAAUUCGACAUUGCGAAUUGAGAUGGCAUUUGUUAUAAGAGGAUUACUAACAUAUUCCGUCAGUCAACGCACUUUGAUUCCCGGCUGUGGCGGUAUGUUUGACAUAAAAGAAGGCAGAAUUAUUAGUCCAAACUAUGAAGGUUUACGAAUUUUCACAAAUUGUUCUUGGACGAUUAGGGUGCCAGCUCCAAAUAGUGUAAGGCUCUAUUUUCAAUCAUUCGAUAUGGGUCCCAUCACCAAUUGUCAUUUGGAUAAUUUCCAAGUUUAUGACAUCAUGACCAAUGGCACUCAAAAAUUACUUAAGACUCUAUGUGGUCCAGAAAUACCCUCGAUUUUGGUAUCGACUUCGAAUGAAAUACGUAUUUCAUCGAAAACAUCACCGAAUUAUGCUGGAAAUGGCUGGACACUGUAUUUUAAUACGCAGGUCAAUCCGACAAAAUUAUCUUAA